AUGCGGCCGCACUGCUAGGCUCCUCCCCCUUGCCAGAUGGAUCGCUCCGAUCCGAAGUUCUGCGUUGAAACCGCCCGCAAAGACAGAUGGUGUCCCGGAGAAAGAUGUCUUGCUCCUUCUCCAGAGAAUGAAAAGCUUUGUGAAGCAAGCAUAAAAUCUAUCACUGUGGAUGAAAAUGGGAAGUCAUUUGCAGUUGUCUUAUAUCAAAAUUCUCUAGAAAGGAAAGUACCUCUUAAGAGGCUUCAAGAGGUAAAACCUAUUAAAGAUUGCUCCAGGAAUUACAUAUUUGAUGAUGAAGAUUUAGAAAAACCGUAUUUCCCAGAUCAAAAAUUUCCAUCAUCUGCUGUUGCUUUUAAAUUGUCUGAAGAUGGAGACUGUAUUCCUUAUACUAUUAAUAGGUAUUUGAGAGACUAUCAAAGAGAAGGAGCCCAGUUUCUCUAUGGACACUACAUCCGUGGAAGAGGGUGCAUUCUUGGUGAUGACAUGGGACUUGGGAAAACAGUGCAGGUGAUUUCAUUUCUCGCUGCAGUUUUGCAUAAAAAGGGAACUCGUGAGGACAUUGAAAAUAAUAUGCCAGCAUUUCUACUAAGAAGCAUGAAAAAGGAACCCCCUUCUUGUGCAGCAAAAAAGGUAAAUUUGGAGUGGUCAGCUGUCAUUGUGGAUGAAGCUCAUAGAAUCAAGAAUCCAAAGGCUAGAGUAACAGAAGUUAUGAAAGCUUUAAAAUGUAGUGUCCGCAUUGGUCUCACCGGAACGAUUCUUCAAAACAACAUGAAGGAACUAUGGUGUGUCAUGGAUUGGGCUGUGCCAGGACUUUUAGGUAGCAGAAUCCACUUCAAGAAGCAGUUUUCUGACACAGUAGAACAUGGCCAAAGACACACCGCAACAAAAAGAGAGCUAGCUACUGGUCGUAAAGCCAUGUGCAGGUUGGCAAAAAAACUGUCUGGCUGGUUUCUUAGGCGAACAAAGAGUCUUAUCAAAAAUCAGCUGCCCAGGAAGGAAGACCGGAUGGUUUAUUGUUCUUUGACAGAUUUCCAGAAAGCUGUCUAUCAAACAGUGUUAGAAACAGAAGACGUAACUUUAAUACUUAAGUCUUCUGAGCCUUGUACCUGCAGCAGUGGUAGAAAAAGGAGAAAUUGUUGUUAUAAGACUAAUGCCCAAGGUGAAACUGUGAAAACCUUGUAUUUCAGUUACCUUGUAGUUCUUCAGAAAGUAGCAAACCAUGUCGCUCUACUUCAGGUGGCGAGCGCCUCUGAGCAGCAGAAAACACUUAUCAACAGGAUAUGUGACCAGGUAUUUUCCAGAUUCCCAGAUUUUGUUCAGAAAAGCAAGGAUGCAGCUUUUGAAACAAUUUCCGAUCCCAAAUACAGUGGGAAAAUGAAGGUCCUUGAGCAGCUUUUAAAUCAUUGCAGAAAAAACAACGAUAAAGUUCUUCUAUUCUCCUUUUCCACCAAGCUGCUGGAUGUGCUGCAGCAGUACUGCAUGGCAGCCGGGCUUGAUUUCCGACGGCUUGAUGGCAGUACAAAAUCGGAAGAAAGAAUCAGAAUUGUGAAAGAAUUCAACAGUACACAAGAUGUUAACAUAUGCCUCGUCUCCACAAUAGCAUAUAGGAUUGGGCAAUGUAGGGAUGUCAAAGUGUUCAGACUGAUAUCCUUGGGAACUGUGGAGGAGAUCAUGUAUUUACGACAGGUAUACAAACAGCAACUGCACUGCGUGGUGGUUGGAAGUGAAAAUGCCAAGCGAUAUUUUGAAGCCGUUCAAGGAUCCAAAGAGCACCGAGGAGAGCUUUUUGGGAUGUGUAACCUCUUCAAACUAAGGUCUCGAGGUUCUUGCCUUACGAGGGACAUCCUGGAGAGAGAAGGGCAAGUAGAAGCAGGAAUUAUGACAGCCACAACAAGGUGGAAAGAGGGACCUCCAGUUCACAAACCGGAAAUGACUGCUAAGAGCAAAGCAUCUCAUGCAAGUAGAGGUUCUGCAAGACAGCUCACCUUACUCCAGUGUGGUUUCUCUAAAUUGUUCGAGACGAAGUAUAAAGCAGGUGAAGAUGACGAUGACUGUGAAACCUCUGAUGAUGAACGUUCUAAUGGACAGCCCACGUGCCAUUCAGCAGACGUCAGAGAUGAUGUGAUUGUUGGUUGUCGAAAAAAUCAGGACUCCCGUGGUUCUUUAAAACACCAGAAAGAAGCUAGCACAGCAAAUCCAAACGAAAAGUUUAUUUUUGAUAAAAGUGAGACUUUGAAGCAGAACACUUCUUUUCCUGAUGACACAAAGUUUGGAAAUACAAUUGAGCACCAGAGUGUCACAGACUCGGAAGACAGUGACGUCAUCUUGCCUACACAAUAUACAACUCAGAGAUUCCCUAGGUGUAGUACAAGGUGCCAGCUACCCUGUGAAGGCUCUGAAGACUCUGAAACAGAAACUGCCAGAGGUAUAAGAAAUGAUGACAAUGAUAGGGAAACCUUGGUCAGAGGAAAUGAACCAAUUUCCAAAACCUUCCGUCCCGAGAGCAUGAAAAGGAGAGGCGCUGGCGAUGUUAGUGAUGAGUCCGAUGACAUUGAAAUAGCCUCCAAGCCAAGAGUUCGAAAGCCAAGCGCUCCGAGGUCUCUGAGGCGUAACAAAGAAAAGGAAUGCAGAAGCCAGCGUUACGGUUUUCAUAAGGCAGUGGAGGAAGCAAACAAAGUGCAUGCAACAAACUUGGAUUGUAGCUCUCAGGUUAUUGAUGACUUUUCAUCUUCAGAUGAUGAUUUAUCUGCCAGCCAUAUCAGUUCCCCUAAAUCGAACUACAGAAAACAAAUUGCAAGAGAGAGAAUCCGUUUCUCUUCAAAGUUGCCCAGCCACAAUAAGAAAACCACCACUUUUAGACCACGAAAACAAGUGCAAUUUUCUGAUGAGAAGGUUGUCCGUCAAGAGCAAAUAUAUGAAUCAGUGGACAAAUUUUUAGAUGGCGUUCAGGAAGUUGCUUAUGUCCACUCAAACCAGAAUGUGAUUGGAUCAAGCAAAGCUGAAAAUCACAUGAGCCGGUGGGCAGUACACGAUGUAUUUGAGUUGAAGCAGUUUUCCCAGCUUCCUGCUAAUGUAGCCGUGUGCAGUUCUAAGCCACGUCAAGAAGAAAUCGCAGCAUCUACAGAGACACAUGCCGAGAAAGAGCAGCAGCCAGGUGAAGGAGGCAUUUCUUCUCCCUUGUAUGUUGCAUAUCCCGUGAGCCAGAAGAAGCAAAAGGUCUAUCAUACAGACCAUGCCACUUUCAUAAUUGGAAAAACACCGAAAGGAAUUCGCAGAAAACAAUUUGAAGAAAUGGCGUCUUACUUUAAUGUAUCAUCUGUAAAGGAAUUUGCGGAGCAUGUCACUGAUGCCACAUCAGAAGAGCGACAAAAAAUGCUCAGAGACUUUUAUGUUUCUCAGCAUCCAGAAGUGAAAGAUUUUUUUGUUGUUUCUGCUUCAGAAUUAGCCAAACCUGCACAUGAGAAAAGAAAGAAAGUCAAGGAUGAAUCCGGAAAAAGGAAAUAUCUUACAAAGGAAAGACUGUUAGAAUCUGAAGCUUUGUCCUAUAAGGUCUCAACCAACAAAAUUUCUCAAAUAUGCAGCCCGAAAAUAUAUAAAGAAAAAUCACUCAAGUUUCAGAAUUAUGAAUUCUGUGAAGAGCCUUUUUCUAAUGAUCAAGAAGCUAAAAAUUUACCUGCUAGUUCUACCCAAAUGAUUGACAAGGGAAUAAAAAGCCAAUUAGCCAAAGAUACGGUGGCAUCCUAUGUCAUAAACUCUAAAUCUAAAGCAUAUGAGAGAAAGUUAGAAGAUGCCAUGAGAGACCAACAGGAUAUAACAAAACCUGGUGUUUCAAGAAAUGGACACCUUUUCAAAUCAGAAACAGAAAAGCUAGACAACCCCGUGUUAGAAAACACUUGUGUGGGAGAAUUACUUGGUGACACCUCUAUUCUUGACGACCUCUUUAAAAGUCAGGGGACCAGCCUCACACAGUUGCCAAAGAAAGUUCUUUCAGGGAGCAUAAAAAAGGCAAAGCAGAGACCAAAAGAUUUCUGGGACAUAUUGAAUGAGCAGAAUGAAGACAGCCUUAGUAAACUCACCAACUUGGCAGUCAUCGAGGGCUUAUGCGAAAAAGUACCCCUUACCACAUCCUCAAAAAGGAACAAAGAGCUAGAAACUUCUCUUUGGAAAUCAAAUGAGAAGUUUUUAUGGAAAAAAUUGUAACUGAAGUAAUACAGAUAAAAGCAAAACCAGUAUACAAAGUAAUACGUAAACAUACCACUGUAUUACUACCCCAUUAUUACAUGGAUUUCUGCCACGAAUGUUUACAGCACUCUAUUUCACACAAAUUAUAUUGCCUUCAUCAUUAUCAAUUUCCAUUUUUAUUAAAUUAUUGCUCUAGGUUAUUUUAAGUCUACAACAUUUUCACGUAUUUGAUUUCUCUGAUCAUGUUAUCAUGUAAGCCUCUGUUAUGAAAUAGAAAGAAUCUAGAUUUAUAAUCAGGAGACCUAGGGUGUGACACUGUUUGUGUAAUUAUGUGACUUUGGAUAGGUCACUUAGCCUGGGUGCCUUCACUUUGAAAGAUGAAGGGUUUCAUAUAGAUCAUGAGUGCCCUUCUACUUAAGAAAAAGUUUUAAUUCACUCUUCCAGAUUCCAUUAAAUCAUAGGCCAAAUCAUGCCCCAUCCCCAAGCCAGGUAAAAACUGUGCUAUGUUUCUCAUUUUCCUUUCUUACUAGCAUUUGGAAAGUCACGAAAUUGUUUUCCUUAUCCCUCAGUAUCAUGUUCUACUAUUAUUAAAUUAUUUUCAAUGAAAGUCGUAACUGGUAUUUUGUGGCCAUAUGCUAAAGUGAUAAUUGUAUAGCAGUUUUAUAACUUGAUUGAAACUAAAGUAACAUAUUUAGUACCAUUAGCUACAAAACACCAGUGCUCAGUUUUUAUUGAAGAAUUAUGAUUUGAUUGAUAUAGAGAUUUGUAUACUGCUUCUGUAUUGUUUUAAGUGUGAAGAAUGAGUAAACAUUUGAUUUUAUUUGGGAUUUAUAUUUUGCUGAAUUUAAUUUCUGUGGUGUAGAAAUAAUACUAGAAAGUAUCAUUGUUGAAUUUAUGUAGAAGCAUACUCUCAGCCCCUGUGUAUACUAUGCAUGUGUGCAUAUUGUGCAUGCAGUGUAUUCACUAGGGCUUAAAGAUGAACAGAUGCGGCACAGCUACAUGUGAAAGAAAUGAAAUCAUGUCUGUGAAGCCCCUUACAGUAUGCCUGUGACUUGUAACAGGGACCUGAGAUUCUACUGGCCCUUUUCAGAUGGACAUCUCACCUUUCCCUCGGUUGAGCUCACAGGGCUGUAAUAGCAGGAAGUGCCCAUCCAGGAAUGGCAGUUAACCAAGAAAUAAUCCUGUACAGGGAUCGCUGUUACUAAGUUGAGGAGAUCGGACCUUUACCAUACCCGAGAAGUAGAGAGAUUGCUUAGGAAUACAAGGGAAAAACAUUUAUAUCAGGGCCCCAUACAUUUGUACACAUACAUAUUUUUGUUUGAAAUAAAAUCUUUAUAGAACAAUA